CUUCUUUUGAGGGCAAUAAAUAUAUUAAAAUUACAAGAGAAAUAAUAUUGAAACAAUAUUUGUAUGACUAUGUUAGUAGAUCAAGCUAGAUAUGAUAGACAAUUACGGUUAUGGCAAUUGGAUGGUCAAUUAUUGAUAGAAAAUGCGAAUAUUUGCGUUAUUAAUCUUAAUGCGUUAAGUUGCGAAUUAAUUAAAAAUCUAAUCUUGCCAGGAGUGAAUAACAUUACGAUCAUUGAUGAAUUGAAGGGGAAUUUUAGCUCGAUUGAUAUUUCUAAUAAUUUUUUUCUUACCAAUGAAGAUUUGAAUCAACCAAAGAGAAAGAAUUACACGUCUAUAAUCAAUAAUUUAAAGGAAUUAAAUUCCAAUAAUACGAAAUUAAAUAUAAAUGUCAUAAGAGAGAAGUUUGAUGAGCAGUUUAUUGAAAAAAAUCAGGGAAAAAACAACUUUUGGUUGAAAUUUGAUUUGGUUGUUGUAACUAAUAAUUACAAUUAUAAGAGUUUUAAAAAAUUAUUAAAUGAAGUAAUUGAUUAUAAUUUACCUGUUUUGGAGAUCAACUCUGUUGGGUUUUUUGGGUAUUACAAGAUUUAUUUGAGAGAGAAUUGUAUAAUUGAGACGAAUUUGAAUACGAUUUUUGAUUCCAGAAUAAAUGAGCCAUUUGAGCAAUUGAAAGAGUAUACAGAGACAUUUCAAGUUCUAAAAGAUAUUGAUAAUAUUGAUAGUGUUGAUGGUAUUGAAGAUAUUAUUGAGAGUUUAAAGGAUAUUCCAUAUGUUGUAUUGUUGAUUAAAUUUUACGGUGAUUAUUUGAAAAUCAAGAACAAUAAGAUUGAAAACUCGUUAAUUGAAAGAAAAAAAUUCAAGAAAUUUGUGAGGGAAUCAAUUGAUAGAAUCUAUUUAAAGAUAUUUGAGAACAAUGGAAAUGAUUAUUUAGAAUUUGAGAAUUUCAACGAAUGUAUUAAUAAAUCAAAUCAAGCGCUAAUUAGUAGUGAGGUGUCUGAGGACAUUCAAGAGAUAAUAGAUUCGAUCCCCAGUGAGAUUGCUAAUAGAACUAAUAAUAAUAAUAAUAAUAAUAAUAAUAAUAAUGGUGAUGAUGAUAUGACUAUUAAAGAAAAUGUGAUUAAUGAGAACAACAUUAAUAAUAAAGAUUAUAAUGAACUAUUUUGGAAAUUAGUUUUAACGUUAAAAUCCUUUGUUAAGAAUAAUAUCAGGAAAAAUGAUGGCAAGAGAUUAUUGCCAUUAAGUGGGAUAUUGCCUGAUAUGGAAUCUAAUUCGGUUAAUUAUAUCAAGUUGAAGGGAAUAUAUUAUGACAAGUUUAAAUCUGAUAAAGAAGAAUUUAUUAACGAGUUUAAAAAAUUGUUUCCUAGCGACUAUGAUAGUAGUAAUAAGAUCGACAUUAAUAACAUGAUUGAGAAAUUUUGCAAAAAUUGUAAUUAUUUGGUUGUUCAAAGAAAUGGAAAGAAUAGUUUAAGCACUAAAAUUAAUGAGCAAAUUUUAAAGACAUGCUUGGGCGAGUCGGUUAAUUCCAAAGGAAUCAAUUUUGGAAAUUAUUAUAUUGCGUUGAUUAUCUUUUUCGAAUAUUUAUCGCAUAAGAUGGAUAGGGAUAUUGGGGGAGAUGGGGCUCAGUGCAGGAGGACGUUGAAGCUAGAAGAAAUUGUGAGACAAAUCAAGUGGGAAGAGUACGAUUAUGCUGGUAACGAAGAAAUCAUCAAUAUCUUGAAGGAGUUGGUCAGAAGCGAAAAUAACGAAAUCCACAACAUCAGCUCGUUGAUGGGGGGAAUUGGGUCGCAGGAGGUGAUCAAGCUAAUCACCAAGCAGUACACACCCAUUGACAACACCAUGAUCUUCGAUGGACUCACAAGCAGCAUAUACAAAUGGAAGUUCUGAGCUAGGUCUGCAUGUUUCUGUGGCGUAUGCGACAGAUGCAGGUGACGGCGUUUAUGUAUACACACGUGUAUUGUGCAUAACACGCACUGCAUCCAGCUGCAGCAUGUUUUGAACUAUUGAUUGGUCUUUCGGCGCGGGUAGCAAACGUGGGCGCGUGGCCAGUCCGAAUGUUGCGUGUGUGCGGGGUUUACACGUGCAUUCCUCUACAAAACCGAGUACUUAGCGUCUUUCCGGUGUCGGAGCGCUGCCGUCGGCGCAGGAGCAGAGGGCCGGCCGCGGGCAACGGCUG